AUCACCGAUACCUUCCUCCCUCCCUCCCUCCACUGCCUAGCUCGCCUAGCUAGCGGCUACCCUACUGCCACCACCCACCUUUCCGCCCCCCCUUUCUCUUUCUCCGCCCUGCCUGCCGCUGUGCCUUGCUUGCUUCCUCUGCCCACCUCACAAAAUUCCCCACCCCUCCGAUCCCUCUCUCCCCAUAUCCGUUCUUCUCCUCGCAAGGCUGCCGCCGACGCAGCCAGAUAUGCUGCUGCCGGUGCUAUUCUCCUCCUCCUUUGCCGAUCUCUGCUGCCGUGAGCAUUGGGAGGAAUCCGUUAUUGAUACAGUGGAGGAUUUUUUUUAUUGCUCAUGUUAUUCGUGCUAAUUUGGUCUGACCAAAGCUGCUUUUACCUCUGAUUCAUGGGCUGUUCAGCUUCCAAAUGUUGUUCACAACUGAAGUGUUCUUUGUGCUCAAAUGGGUGCCUCAGGCAGACACCUGACUCCCCAAGAGAAUCAAGGGGAAAGUCAAGCAGAGGCAGGGGAAAGGCUGAUUCCACUGGUUCAGAUGACUCUUCUGAUGAUCUUGGGGAAGAUGACGAUGCCUUGAACCAAAUGAACACUACAAGGGAAUCAACUGUUGGCAUCAGCCGACUAUCCAGGGUCUCAUCACAGUUUCUUCCUCCUAAUGGUUCGCGCAAAGUUCAGGUCCCUUUGGGUAACUAUGAUCUGAGAUACUCCUUCUUGUCUCAAAGAGGUUACUACCCAGAAUCACUGGACAAGCUAAACCAAGAUAGCUACUGCAUACAUACCCCAUUUGGAACGAGUCCUGAUGACCACUUCUUUGGUGUGUUUGAUGGUCAUGGAGAAUAUGGAGCCCAGUGCUCACAGUUUGUGAAGCGAAGAUUAUGUGAGAACCUGCUCAGAGAUAAUCGGUUCCAUACAGAUGCUGUGCUGGCUCUUCAUGCUGCUUUCGUGGCAACAAACUCGCAACUUCAUGCCGACAACCUGGAUGACUCCAUGAGUGGUACUACAGCAAUCACUAUAUUGGUCAGGGGUAAAACUAUAUAUGUUGCAAAUACUGGCGACUCACGUGCCGUUAUUGCUGAAAAACGAGGGGAUGAUAUUGUUGCUGUUGACCUCUCCAUAGAUCAAACUCCUUACCGGUUUGAUGAGCUUGAAAGGGUCAAGGAAUGUGGUGCUAGAGUUCUGACGUUGGAUCAAAUAGAGGGGCUAAAGAACCCAGAUGUGCAGUGUUGGGGUACUGAGGAAAGUGAUGACGGUGAUCCUCCAAGGCUAUGGGUGCAAAAUGGCAUGUACCCAGGAACUGCUUUUACACGUAGCAUUGGAGAUUCUGUUGCUGAGUCCAUUGGUGUCAUUGCAGAUCCUGAGAUUUUUGUUCUGGAUCUCAAUUCCAAGAAUCCAUUUUUUGUUCUUGCUAGUGAUGGGGUUUUUGAGUUCCUUUCCAGUCAAACAGUUGUUGACAUGAUUUCUAAAUACAAGGAUCCUCGAGAUGCAUGUGCAGAAAUUGUUGCUGAGUCCUAUCGUCUUUGGCUACAGUAUGAAACACGCACAGAUGAUAUUACAAUCAUAGUUGUGCAUAUUAAUGGGUUAACUGAUAUGGAAUCUACCCAGACUGUUACAAAAGUGUCUUUACAACCUUCACAUCAAGUAGUAGGAGUGGCAGGCUCUGAAUCACCACUAAUAGUAACUUCCAAUACCAACAAUCAGCGUUCCAGACAUGAUUUAUCACGUGCACGAUUGAGGGCUCUUGAAAGUUCUCUGGAAAAUGGCCAAUUAUGGGUCCCACCAUCUCCAUCGCACCGAAAAACAUGGGAAGAGCAAGCGCAUAUUGAGCGGGUACUACAUGAUCAUUUCCUCUUCAGAAAGCUUACUGAGUCGCAAUGUCAUGUUCUACUAGAUUGUAUGCAACGAGUUGAGGUGAAACCUGGGGAUAUAGUAGUGCAACAGGGUGGCGAAGGUGACUGCUUCUAUGUAGUUGGUAGUGGUGAGUAUGAAGUUCUGGCCAUUCAGGAAGAAGAUGGAAAGGAAAUAACCAAGGUUCUGCAUCGGUAUACAGCGGACAAGCUUUCUUCCUUUGGGGAGCUAGCACUGAUGCAUAAUAAGCCACUUCAAGCUUCUGUUCGUGCUGUGACAAGUGGAACAUUGUGGGCUCUAAAGAGGGAGGAUUUUCGGGGAAUUCUGAUGUCAGAAUUUUCAAACAUACCAUCAUUGAAAUUGCUCCGAUCAGUAGAGCUGUUUACAAGACUUACAGUGCUUCAACUAAGUCAACUUGCUGAGUCACUUGUUGAAGUAUCUUUUGCAGAUGGGCAAACAAUAGUAGACAAGAAUGAUGAUGUCUCUGCAUUAUAUGUGAUUCAAAGGGGUCGUGUGAGACUUAUAUUGGCUGCUGAUCAGAUGAACUCAGAUACUUGGGACCUUGUUAGUGCUCAAACAAAGCAGGCACAAAGCAGUCAGCAAAAUGAUAAUUAUGUGGUUGAGAUAGAUGAGGGAGGACACUUUGGAGAGUGGGCUCUCAUUGGCGAAACCAUUAGUUUCACUGCUAUCGCUAUUGCUGAUGUGACUUGUUCUACUAUUGCAAAGGAGAAAUUUGAUACAAUUGUGGGGCCUUUGCCUAAACUGUCACAAGCAGAUGCCAGGACCAAAGAAUCUCUGGUCACUAAGAAGAAUGUUGCAGAUGAUGACUUUCCCUUUAGGAGAGUGCAGCUAUAUGAUUUGGAAUGGAUAAUGUGCAUAUAUGCUGCUGAUUGCAGUGAGAUUGGUCUCGUCCAAAUUAAGGGCUCUGACAAGAUCAGAAGUUUAAAGAGGUUUUACAUCAAGAGAGUACAAGAUCUCCAUAAGGAAGUACAAGUCUUUGAGGAAAAGGAAAUUAUGAAAAGCUUGAGCCAAUCAACUUGUGUGCCAGAAGUCUUAUGCACUUGUGCUGAUCAGUCAUAUCUAGGAAUAUUGCUGAAUUGCUGCCUUUGUUGCUCACUGGCUUCAAUACUUCAUACACCGCUAAAUGAGUCAUCUGCGAAGUUCUUUGCAGCCUCAGUUGUUAUUGCUCUAGAAGAACUUCAUCAGAAGUCCAUUAUAUAUAGAGGUGUUUCGGCAGACAUUCUUAUGCUUGACAGAUCAGGACAUCUGCAGCUGGUGGAUUUUAGGUUUGCAAAGAAAAUGGAUGGUGAAAGGACAUAUACAAUAUGUGGGAUUGCUGACUCUCUAGCACCAGAGAUAGUUCUUGGUAGGGGCCAUGGAUUUCCUGCUGACUGGUGGGCACUUGGAGUCUUGAUCUAUUUCAUGCUGCAGUCUGACAUGCCAUUUGGGUCCUGGAGGGAGAGCGAGCUGGAACCUGUUACAAAAAUUGCCAAAGGCCACCUUGUUAUUCCAUCAACGCUCAGUGCGGAAGUUGUUGACCUUAUAACCAAGCUACUUGUGGUAGAUGAAAAUGUUCGCCUUGGAACCAGUGGUGCUGAAGCUGUGAAAAAACAUCCCUGGUUUGAUGGCAUUGACUGGGAACAAGUAGCAUCUGAGACUUAUGCAGUACCUGACGAAAUCACUGAGCGCAUCAAUAGCUGUAUAGAAACUCUUAAUGAGGACUUAACAGCGUCUCCUUCUGUGCCAAUUGAAGACCCAGAUGAUCAUAUGGCUCCAGAAUGGAUCCAAGAUUGGUGAUCUCAGUAGUGGUACGAUUAUCCAAAGAUGGAUUUGUUCUAGUCGGCUGUCUAUGUCUUUAGAUUUUUUCAUGGAGCAUUCUUAUAUCAAGUGAAAGAAGGUAUACAUGUGACUAAAUCUAGCUAAGUUAGGUCGAAAUUGACAAGGUGUAGA